AUGUCAAAAAGUUAAAAGUUUUAUGGUGUAAUAUUUAUAAUGAGUACACUAAAACUUCUAAUUUAGGGAAGUGAAUCAUAAAAAGGAUUAAUGAUCAUCUUUUUGACAUAUAAUUAGGAUUGUAUAAUUAAAAAAGAAACCCUUAUUUCACUAAUUUUAGGCGUGUACUUGGAAUUAAGUUUAAAAUAUAGUAGAGUGUUUGAAGGUGAAGAUAUCUAAAUCUGGAUAAACUUAGGUAAGUUAUUAGAUAUAAUUUCCCUUUUCUAAAUUAUAUUGCAUUUAUGAGAAGAAUACUAGCUGACUGCUCUAAACAGAAUAAUCGAGUUUCUCUUUUGUAAUAAUAAACAAAAUUUUUUACUUUUUUAAGGUAAAUAAAUAAUAAUUUUAAAAAUUACUUAUUGCAAAUUGGCAGAUAAAAAUACAUGAAAAAAAUAUCGUCAUAUAAGUCUGAGAAGUCCCGUCCUAGCUAAAGAAUCAUCAUAUUAGAUGGUUCCUUAAAUUAUUCUAAAAAUAAUUAAAAAAGUUUUGUUUUGGAAAAGUGUAUAAUAUAUAUUUAUGAAAAAUUAGUUAAUAGAAUCGAGUUGACUAAAUGGCUGAAAUUUUUUACAAUCAAAUUUAAAGAUCUUAAAAAGCAACUCCCAAUUUAUAAAGUGAAAAGUAUAUUAAGGAUGAAAGCGAAGAGUGA